CCAAUGUCCUUUGCACAGUGCGUGGCUCAUUACCGGAAGUGGGCGGGGGAAGCCGUUCCGGUCGGACAGGCGAGCAGGUUCCGUCGCUGAAUUGGCUCCGUGCGAAAAGUGAAUUAUACUUAUUUCCUCCAAACACAAUUUUGAAGUGGCUCCUGUUUUUGUCAGCACCAUGGCUAUAGCAUCAAGAACGACAGCUUUAUCCAGUACUGUUUGGAUGCGUUUGAAAGCUCUCACCACGCAUGGUCCAAUACCUGGUGCAGUUAAUUGUGCUUGUCUCAAAUCUACAUACUCAGCUCUUCCUGAUGACUAUAACUGCAAAGUGGAACUGGCUUUGACAUCAGAUAGGAAGACAGUUGUUUUCUACCAUCCAGCGGUGGACAUUCCUUAUGAGCACACGCAGCCUAUUCCCCGGGGAGAUCCUUUGGAUUACAAAGAGGAAACGCACGAUCAGGUGCUGAAAUCAAGACUGGAAGAAGAGGAGCUCAAAGACAAGAAAGGCCCCACUAUUGAGCAGCUUAGUAAAAUGUUUUACACAACAAAGCAUCGCUGGUACCCUGUGGGACAAUACCACACCAGACGUAAGAAAACAGAUACUCCCAAAGAUAGAUGACCACGACAUUUCUUUGUCAUUUUCCCUGCAAACGUGUUUCUCAAGCAUAGGUGUAUAUUAUCUAUUUCUAUUAAAGUGCUUUAAAUAUAAAA